AUGUUCACCACGGACGAGGGCGAUUUGCAGUUUGUCAGAGAUGGUGAAGGUGAUGCUGAUGACGAUGCUGCUGCUGACAGAGGAGACAAUGAUCAUGAAUGGAAAGCAGAUCUGAUGAGACUGAUCAGCCGUCACGGUCGCGGACCGCAACCUGAAAUGGAAGGUCCGCCAACGGAGGGAUGA